GAUUGGAUUCUGAAAUCGCUACGGGGGCUGCCCAGACCAAGGGCCAAGGGGCGUCCACACGCCCGGCUUUCAGAACCCCGCAGGCGAAGAUUCUCCCACAAUCCCCCUGGAUUAAUGCGGGGAUCGUGACAAGACCCUGAGGUCAAAGUGGUAACUAAUUCCCUCCCCUCCCCCUCGUCCCCGGCUUCUUCCCGGACUCUUUCCGAGCCGAGCCACGUGGGGCCUGCGCGAUCCGGCGGUUCCUGGUCCUCCUCGGCCACCGUAGCGUGGCUGGGCGGCCCGUGGCCGCCGGGGCUCGGGUUCCUUGUGGACUUGCGGAAGCGGGGCCGGGCCGAGCGGAGCCGGGUCUCCGCGGCCGUCAUGGGCAAUCUGUUCGGCCGCAAGAAGCAGAGCCGGAUCACUGAACAAGACAGAGCCAUCCUGCAAUUGAAACAACAACGGGAUAAGUUGAAGCAGUACCAGAAGAGGAUUACCCAGCAACUGGAAAGGGAAAGGGAGAUUGCUAGACAACUUCUUCGUGAUGGAAAGAAAGAAAGGGCAAAGUUACUGCUUAAGAAGAAGCGUUACCAGGAACAGCUCUUGGAUAAGACAGAAAACCAAAUCACGAAUCUGGAAACAAUGGUUCAGAAUAUUGAGUUUACCCAGAUUGAAAUGAAAGUGAUUGAAGGCCUAAAGUUUGGAAAUGAGUGUCUGAAUAAAAUGCAUCAGGUCAUGUCCAUAGAAGAAGUGGAAAGGAUAAUGGAUGAAACCCGGGAUGCUGUAGAGUACCAGAAGCAAAUUGAUGAUCUCUUGGCUGGCAGUUUUACUCAAGAAGAUGAAGAUGCUAUCUUAGAAGAACUAGAAGCAAUCACUCAGGAACAGAUAGAGCUUCCAGAAGUUCCUUCAGAACCCCUAUCAGAGAAAAUUCCAGAGCAAGAACCCAUCAAGACGAGGGCAAAACAGCCAGAAAUGGUGGCAGCAUCUUAACCUUCUUUAUUCCCCAACUGGGGCCUUGAAGGGACUUCCUAAGGAACUGUGACUCCUGAAGGGUUUGGGUUCUCAGUCCCAGGAAUGGGCAUGCCCUGGAACUCUCCUGGACUGGACAGGGCAGAGCAAAGCAAAGUUGACAGAGGAAUGCUGACUGAUCAGCAGUACAUUUAUUGCUCUUGUAUCAAGAUUUUUUUUCUAGAGCAUUUUUUUUCCUGGUACUUUAAAGUCUAAAUGCACUUUAGUAGUGCUGUCUCUCUCAUUUCUGGAUUAAAUGGUGACUUGCAAACUUUUCAAGCCAAAUGCUGUUGACAAAGAUUGUGAUUUCCAUAAUGGUCAAGCCCCAAUCACAACACUCUUGGUGCUGUAUUUACACUACCUAUCCCAGACCCUGUGAUGUGCUUCAAGGCCUCCCUUCCAUAGGCCUAUUUCUUAGGGUUUGGCUGCAUUGGGAAGGAGCUCUCCUUGGGUAGUCCCACCCAAGAGGAGAGAUCAUUUGAUUUGGGUUUCUAUUGAAUUCUUUGUGGAAGUAGAGGAAGGAAGGUCAGAAGAAGUCCCUAUAAACAGCAACUUUUUGUGCUACUCUUCUUAGCAACUUCAUCCUCUCACUUUAGGACAACAGCAUGUUCAAAUCUGGGUCAGCUUUUCCUCACUGAACCAAAAGAUAAAGUUCUAAAAGGGAGAAUAUAGACUUUAGCUUCAUUCCUGUUAUUGGUUUUAUUGUGUUGUUUAAAUUGGGACUGCAUUGAGAAGAUUAUCACUGGUCUUUUAAUAGGAUUUCCAAAAAUGUACCUGAAAGAUUCCAAAGUGUGGUAGAAAAGACUGUACUUCCAGCAUGAAAGUUCUUACCUAUGAAAAUCCAUGAUGUUGGGUCUCUUCUACCAUUUUCAAGCCCCAAGAUUCACCUAAAACUUUCAUUUCCUUAAAUUCAACUGCUAUAUUCUCCCUGCCAUAGCACUAAUCUGUUUCUGAAGUGAGAUGGGAAUUCCUUCAUACCGUUUGCAUAGUUCCUAUUUUUAUAUUAGACGUUGGAUCUGAGGUUUGACUUUAUUCUUCAUUUGAAAUGAGCAGGAACAGAAACCCUAGCAGAAGAACCUUCCCAUGAUGGUUUUCAACAUAUUUUCCCUAUAAUCUCUCCUUUCUCCAAAAAAAAAAAAAAAAAAAAAA